AUGGCGGCCGAGGACCAGAUCCCGCGAGCGCAAGCCAACCCCGAGAAGACCAAGAAGCGGAAGAAGCCCAAGAAGGACAAGUGGGGCCAGCCCAUCGCCGCAGCGGCCGAUGAGCCGGCCGUCGAGCAGGUGCAGGAGCAAGAGGCACCUGAGGAGCCUGCCGUAACGGCGGCGGCGGGGGCGGAGGGGGUCGGGGAGGGAGCGGAGAGCUAUGAGCGCGGCAAGGUGGUGGCGAGCGGCAUGCCGUACACGACCACCGAGGAAGAGAUCCGGGAGCUGUUCGACCGGUUCGGCCCCAUCCGCUCCCUCCAGCUCUCCCGCUUCCCGGACUCCGGCAACUUCCGCGGCCUCGCCUUCGUCACCUUCGAGUCAGAUGAAGUUGCCAUGAAAUCUCUGGAGCUUGAUGGAUCCAAAAUUGGUAACAGGUUUAUGAGGGUCGAAAGAUGCAGGGUAACUGCUAGCUCGAAGAGGCAAAAGAAGACAGAGUUCCAAUCUGAUCCUGAGAAGCCUGAUGGCUGCCUCUCAGCUUAUGUCGGCAAUCUCGCAUGGAACAUCACCGAGAAGGACUUGAGGGAUUUCUUCAAAUCAUCAAGGAUUGCAUCAAUAAGAUUUGCCAUCGACAAUAGAACUGGAGAUUCUCGUGGUUUCUGCCAUGUUGAUUUCGAGGACGAUGAAUCGCUCGAGAAAGCUGUCGGGAUGAAUCAAUCUGAACUGCGGGGAAGACCUGUGAAGAUAGCAUAUGCUAUCAUCAACAGGGCCUGA